UGCUGAAAACGUUUGACAAGAACCAAACGCAUUUUUUUUCGACAUUAACUCUGAGAAAUGCAACGAUCGCAGACAUCGGCAGUUACGGUUGUGCUUUGCCCGCGAUAUCUGGGAAGGCAAUAAUUAGAAAACAAUACGUCUACAUUUCCAGUUUGGUUUGAAUUACUGUUUGCAAGUGGCCAACAAUGGCUAUCUUUAACACUCUCUCAUUCACUAGCUGACACAGAUCUCGUGUUCCUCGACGGAACGCAAUGGAAAGUCAAUUACAGAUCCCAUUUGGGUGUACUCAUGUUAAAUAUUGUACAACAUCGCCCUGGAAUGAUUCCUUGCCUGCCUACCCACCCGAAUGUCACUAUUUCACUUGUAUACGAAACCAGCACAAUCAACGACCCUGAAUUCGAAAUGAAGAAUAUAAAAAUCCCAAUACCCAAUUCCAGAUGGUCGUUCGAUCCGGAAGAUGGACUCAGGCUAAAUAAUUCAACGCUAAGCGACAACGGAGAGUAUACCUGUGUGGCAUCAAAGGGCAAUGUCACGCGAAGGAAGCUGUUUGCAUUAAACGUCAUGGGAAUAGAGCUGAAAAGGUUGGGCGAUCCUAGUGAUCCACGUGAAGGCGAAAACGUCACAUUAGUUUGUCGUUACGUAAGCCCGAUCUACUCUUCGCUGGAUUGGUUCUAUCGAAACAGUAGUGCUGGGAAAAUGCAAAUUAUAGAUACAAAAAAACACACAAAAGGUAGUAGGAAAAAAAAAUGUUUUGAUGCACGAAAAAGUUUUGCAUUUAAAAGUACGUAAGUUGGGCAGUAACGUCUAAAUUGUUUAUAAUGUGAGACUUUGAAAUUGCGACGUAUAAGAAAAAUACGGGGAGGUUUUUUGCUGGCUUUGACACGCUAAGUUAUUUGCGUAUCGUCGGAAUUCAUCUGAACACGGCUUCAGC